AUGUCUCAGUUCGGUGACUUUGACGCUGUGCGCAACGACAUUAUUGCUAUCUUGAAGAACAAGGACUACGAUGAUGGAUCGAUUGGUCCUGUUCUUGUUCGUCUAGCUUGGCAUUCUUCUGGUACCUACAGCAAGGAGGAUGACACUGGCGGCUCCAACGGUGCCGGCAUGCGCUACGAGGAGGAGGGUGGUGACCCUGCCAACUAUGGUCUCCAGAAUGCUCGUACUUUCCUUGAGCCUAUCAAGAAAAAGCAUCCCUGGAUCACCUACGCCGACCUCUGGACUCUCGCCGGCGUCGUUGCUAUCAAGGGUAUGGGCGGUCCUGACAUCGAGUGGAAGCCGGGCCGCACGGACUUUGCUAACACCAAAUACAUUCCUCCGCGUGGCCGCCUGCCCGAUGGUGCGCAGGGCAAUGACCACCUCCGUCACAUCUUCUAUCGUAUGGGAUUCAACGACCAGGAGAUUGUGGCUCUUUCUGGUGCUCACAACCUGGGUCGUUGCCACAAGCACAACUCUGGUUUCGAUGGCCCUUGGGUUGUCAACCCCACUCGCUUUGCUAACACCUACUUCAAGCUACUUCUAGAUCUGAAGUGGGAGCCCCGCAAGUGGGACGGCAACUUCCAGUACUCUGCUCGCGCGCCUGGUAUGGAUGAGGAUGACGAGCCGCUCAUGAUGCUUCCCACUGACUACGCCCUCAUCCAGGACGACAAGUUCCGUCCCUGGGUUGAGAAGUACGCUGCUGACAGGGACCUGUUCUUCCAGGACUUUGCCAAGGCAUUCGCCAAACUCAUUGAACUCGGUGUCUACCGCGACGAAGAUGGCAUCGCCCGCUGCGACAAGCGCGAUGCCAAAGGCUCGUACAUCUCGGCCCCCAAGAAGAGUGACACGGUGGCGGCUAAGCCGCACUUGUAA